AACUCGGAGUUGCGGCAGGAUCGUGACAACUUGGAAUUGCAACUAGAAAAGACUCGUCAGCAGUUGUACGAAUUGACAAAAGGAAAAAGCGCAGAAGCUUUCGAGCAGGAUCUCAUAGAUCUCAGAGUGGGACAGAUAAGACCGUUUGAAGAUGAGUUUCGACGUCUCCGAGACGAGGUCGAAGAAUUGCGCGUGAAAGAAGCCGAUCAUGCAAAAUUGCAACAGGCCUACGAACAACUGAAGAAUAAGGCCAAGGAUAGCAGUAACGAUCGCGCAGAGCUGUUGGUUCUGCGAGAAAAAGUGAAGUCAUAUGUCGAGCAUGGAAUGCUGCUUGAGGAUGAACAACGAAAAAAUAAGACGUUACGUACUCAAAUGGGCUCCUACAAAGCUUUGUCCGAAGAGAAAUCCCGAGAAAAUGACAAACUGAUCAUUAAGGUGGACAAGCUGGAGCAUGAGUUAGCCACUGCAAAAGAUCGUUUGGCUGCAGCCGAAGUCCGCAUUGAAGGCCUCGUACAAGAGAAGAUUUUGUUGGAGAACAAGAUAUCCCAUGAAUUAUCAAUGAUGGAUAGUGUACAUAGUUUGCAUACAUCUAUGCUCGAAUCAACCAAUGGUGAAUCGUCUCUGGAUAGCAGUAUGAUGGAGGAUCGCAUUCGUAAUGUGGAGCUGGAGAACUCUCGUCUUCGUGAAAGGAUUAAGGAAAUGGAAGAGCUAGAGGUAGUGAAAGGCGAGAUGGAUGUCGUUAAAGGGAGAAACCACGAGUUAGAAAGCGAACUGCGUUUGGCUAAUAAAAAGAAAGCUGAUUUGGAGUCCGAAAAGAUGUCGAUAGAGGUGGACCAGUGGAAACAGAAAGCAGAACUAUCGGAGAAGCGCGCGGCAGAAGCGUUGGAUGCUCAAUUGUUAGCUGAAGGCAAGCUGAAAGAAAUGGAGUUGGAAUUACGGGAAGAACGUGAAUCAAAACGGUCAUAUCUGGAGAAAGCCCGCCAGAUUAUUAUCGAUCAGGUCGAUACUCGUGAUGAUGGCGCCGCUGCUCUGUGA